CUGGAGAUGGUGACCCUGCUGGUUCUGCUCACAGUCAUGGGUUUACCGUUGGUGCAGAGCGAAAUCACCUGUCAUGUCUGUGAGGUGGAGAACAGCCUGAACUGCUCCAACCCACAGAAGUGUCCUGGAGACAAACCCUUCUGUGUGGUCGCUGCUAUACGAAUCUUCGAACGUUUCCUCUGGGCGGCAAAACUUUGUACCAGAACCUGUCCGGUGCCUCCAGUUUUGUCCCCUGAUGUUGAAAAUGAUGAAUCUAACCCAGCCCCGCCUAAGGAAUUUUUGAUUGAAAACCCCAUGCCCUUCCGCUUUGCAAAGUGCUGUAAAUGGGACUUAUGUAAUGGGGAGGGUCCACCAAACCUUGGGCUCUUCAAGGAGCAGUAUGGAAAAGCCAGUGAGAAAAGACAUAGCUACCCUGAGCUGUUCUUGCUUGGCUUCAUACCGGUCCUUACUGCCAUUGGCCUUACAAACCUCAACCUGCUGUAA